GUGGCCGCUUCCGAGGCGGCGGUGCCUGGCGAGUGCCGCCUGCUGGCUGACUUGGUGGGGCGCCCCACGCAGUGUGUCUGCCAGUGCGACUGCCGCUGCGAGACGCAGGCCACCGCUGGCGGCUGGACAGCCGCCCGGCUACUGCUGUACGUCGUGCCCCUCCUCGUGGGCGCCUCUGCCGCGGGCCUCUGCAUUGGCCGCGGUGCGUCCCGCGAGCCCGCGCCCUCCCGGGUGACCUCUGAGAUUAUCACCACGGUCGGCGAUCGGGUCUUCGUCUGCUACCACCAGGACGCGGACGGGGCGGUGGUGGAGUGGCAUGAGAGGCUGCUUCUCGCCCAGAUCGUCGGGGUGAACUGGGUUGUGAUCUCGCGGGAUUUCGACAUCUUCGAGGAGAACUUUGCGGAGAGCGACGUGCUCAACAAGUUCGGCGCUGGCGGGGCUUUGCCCCCUGCCUUGCGGGGUUUGGCGGUGUACCGCAUCGAUCAAUUCGCGCUCGGCAAGCACAUGCAGUACUACAUGGACACGGGGGAAGCGCUGGCCAAGGGUCUCCGCCCCGCUGGCGCUGGCGCGGACGCCGCGCCCGCGCCUCCUGGCAAGGGCGGCCCGCCCGCGACGCCCGCGGGCACAUGGGUCGCCGCUAAGAGCCGGGGUGGGGUGAAGGUCGGUGACUCUUUGCUGGCGCAGAUGGGUGAGUGGGCCCACGUCGUCAACGAUCGGUGUUUGUUCAUCCUCACUGACGGCGUUGUGCUCUCGGGCGGGCUGGAAGACUCCCUCGUCAAGGAAGGGGCGGUGGCGGUGUCUGCCUCGCGUAUCCUGCCCGUGAAGCGUGCUGGCAUGCGGCGCUUCCGUCGACCAUUUGCGGAGGCUCUGCACGCCAUGAAGGAGGGGCCGGUGCAACGUCAUUAUCGGUGGCGUUCGGUGCUAGGUGCAGGUAACUUGGCGGCGUUUGAGCUCAUCAGUCGUCGCUAUCGGUUGUGGGGGAGUGCCUGCAAAGAUCUGCUCCGUGAAGUGGACGCUCGGUCGGCUAGCGGCGACGACUUGCUGAACGAGCGCUGGUUGUUCUUGGGCGUCAAGAACUUGCGGAUCAGUGUGGUCGUCAUGCCCGUGCUGGGGGACUUCGUGGCCAAGGAGCUCUCCACGCGUGCCGCCGUGCUGAGGUCUGCGCGGGUGGUGCCAGCGGCGCGGGCCUGUCUCAGAGUCAGUGACGACGUCCCAGACAAUUCGCGCCAAUUAAGAGACGUGGACCCCGAGGUCGCCCCCCAGGCCUGGCUGGCGAGGGUUCGCGCCGAGGCGCGGAAGCGGCUGCUGGGCCUGGCCCCCGAGCUCACCCCCUUGCAGCAGGAGCGGGCGAGGCCCAGCGCGCAGCAGGGCUACUGCCGCGCGUUGGAGCGUUUGGCGUCCUUCCUCGAGCGGCGCCCGCUGCGCGGCUGGUCGGCCCCGCAGUGGGAUCGGCGUCUCCUUUCCUUCGUCGAGUGGGCGAAGGCCGCGGUCUGGGGCAGGGCUCCGGCUACCAGCCGCCCUCCUCUUGCGCGGGGAGUUGUCCUGGCGCUGGCGUGGGCCAUGCUGCCCUCGUGCCCUGUGGGGGCGCUGGCCGUCGUCGUGAUGUUCGAGACCUACCUGCGGCCCUCCGGGCUGCUGAGCCUCGCGGUCGCGCAGCUCGUCCCUCCCGCGAGCCAGGGGGGCGCGGGGCCUGCUGGGCCUUCUGCGUUCUCAUGGGGGGGGCUCGGGCGGCCGUCCAAGACCCGACAGUUCGACUUCGGUGCGCUGCUCGACCUCGAGCGGCGCGGGGCGCUGACCCCAGCGCUGCGCGUGCUCCUGGGUUGCGCCGCGCCGUCGCGGACUCCGGUGGAGCAGCUGGGGGUCUACUCGGUCGAGCCGACGCUCGGCGCGCUGCGACGCGGGGGGGCCGGCCGCGACCGCCUCGUGCAGGCGCGCUUUCUCGGCGAAGUGCGGCAGCGCGGGCACUGGCGCAGCUUCCGCAGCGUGGCUCGUUGCGACAGGCGCGCGCGGGCCUCCUUGCAGAUCGGCGAGUUCCCGAUGGCAGUGCAGGCGGAGAUCGCAGCCUUAGGCGUCUUGCCCAACACAUCGCUGGUGCUGGUGGUGGACUUCGGAAAGGUUGGGACCGAGGCCGUCUCCAGCAG